AUGAAAGAAAUUAACCAGGCUUAUGAAGUUUUGAGUAAUCCUGAAAAACGCCGGAAUUAUGACCAAUACGGUAGCGAAGGUUCUUUUGGACAAAGUGCUUCAGCAGGAGGAUUUGGGCAAGGAGAGUCUAUUUUUAAGGAUAUUUUUGACACUUUUUUUGGUAGAGGAACAGACUAUUCUGGGCAAGAAAAUUAUUCUGGAAGUCGAACUAGAACCCAAGCAGGUGAUGAUGUUUUAAUUGAUUUAGUUUUGACUUUUAAAGAGUCAGUGUUAGGAGUGAAGAAAAAAAUCUCGAUCGAUCUAGAAAAAGCAUGUGGUGCUUGUCGACAAACUGGGGCUGCAACUACUUCGGAUAUUGUUGAUUGUUUAUCUUGCCGAGGAAGGGGGAUAGUUAAUACUAUUCAGAGAACUAUUCUGGGAACUAUUCGUAACCAGGUUACUUGUUCGCAGUGUCAAGGUAGUGGUAAAAGAAUUAAAAAGAAGUGUGGAUAUUGCGGGGGGAAAAAAUUUACAAGACAAAAAGAAAUUAUUGAACUUAGUAUUCCGCGUGGAGUUCAGCCAGAUAAAAGGCUUCGUUAUCAAGGAAUAGGAAAUGAUGGUUGGUACGGAGGAGGAAAAGGUGAUAUUUACGUUAGUAUAAAGGUUAAGGAUAAUCCGUAUUUUCAGCGUAAAGGAAAUGAUAUACAUGUUAGUUUACCUAUCUCUUUUUUGGAUGCUAUUUUAGGAGGAAAAUUAAAAGUAAUUACCCUUGAAGGGAUAGACAAAGCAGAAAUUGCACCCGGGACCCAAAAUGGAGAUUGA